ACACACACACAUACACGUAUACAGCACAGCCUGAAUAGUUUUGGAACAGAGCGGACGCACUUUUGGAAGGAUCACACUCAGACAUGAGGCUUAGUGUCUGGACUGGAGAUCCAGGUCUCUUUUCAAUUUUGCUGCUGGCUCUUCUGGCCUCCUCGCCUGUCCACGUCGGAGCCAACCAGCAGGACCAAGUCAAAAAAAGAGAAUAUUACAUCGCUGCUGUGGAGAUUGACUGGAACUACAAUGGCAAUGACACACACAGGUUCAGUCCCACGUACAAGAAAGUGGUUUUCCGGGAGUAUGAGAAAGAUUUCAAACAGGCAAAGGAUCAUGACCCCUCAUUAGGUUUGCUUGGACCCACUCUGAGGGCCGAGCAGGAUGAGAUCCUAGUGGUCACCUUCCGAAAUAUGGCGUCAGAACCGCACAACCUCCACCCACACGGCAUUGCUUAUGGGAAGAACUCCGAGGGUGAGUUCCUGUUGAGGCAAUCUGUGGUUGACCACUAUGACGUGCGUGUGUGCACUUGCGUACCGGGGGCCUCGACGGCGAAAGACGUUGGCAGUGAACUGACGGCUCCCCGUUCAGGCACCUACCCUCCAACGCAGGUCAGCCUCAAACCUGGCUGCGGUUUGUCGAGCGGAGAAGCACAGGCGCUCAGGGUGUGUCGUCUUCUUGCAGGUCACCUCAAGGACGCCGGUCGCUGUCUUGCCUUCCUGGCCGACAGCGACUACUGGACAGCUGCAGGAACAAAGAAAGACGACGGCUGGAAGACAAGAGAAAAGAUUUGA